GCGCGUGCGCAUCGGCACUUCCGGCGCGGCGGGGAUAGCCCGCGAGGGUCGACUAGUCUAGGCACCUCGGCGUGCGUUCCGGACUCUCCUAGGUGCCCCGGGCGGGCGGCAGGCCACGCGGGCUUGUGGGGCGUCCCUCGCUGAAUCCUAAAUAGUCUGCCCCGCCCACCCCUGCACCGCUGGACAGUUUCGGGUAGGCAGACAUUCCGGCAGGCCCUGUGCUAUGAAGUCCUGGGAGCCCAAACUUUAAAAUAAGGUGAAAACGAUGAAGAAGUUAAGGCUUAAGGAACUGGAGAGUCGCCUGCAAGAAGUGGAUGGAUUCGAAAAGCCCAAGUUACUUCUAGAACAGUAUCCCACCAGGCCGCACAUUGCAGCAUGCAUGCUCUAUACAAUCCAUAAUACGUAUGAUGACAUUGAAAAUAAAGUGGUUGCAGAUCUCGGAUGUGGUUGUGGAGUGCUUAGCAUCGGGACUGCAAUGUUAGGAGCAGGGUUGUGUGUUGGAUUUGACGUAGAUGAAGAUGCACUGGAAAUAUUUAAUAGGAAUGUGAAAGAGUUUGAGUUAACAAAUGUUGAUAUGAUUCAGUGUGAUGUAUAUGCAUUAUCUAACAGAAUGUCCAAGUUAUUUGAUACAGUAAUUAUGAAUCCUCCCUUUGGGACCAAAAAUAAUAAAGGGACAGAUAUGGUUUUUCUGAAGACUGCAUUGGGAAUGGCAAGGACAGCAGUAUAUUCUUUGCACAAAUCAUCAACUAGAGAACAUAUUCAGAAGAAAGCUACAGAAUGGAAAGUCAAGAUAGAAAUUAUUGCAGAGCUUCGCUAUGACCUGCCAGCAUUGUACAACUUCCAUAAAAAGAAAUCAGUAAGUUUCCCAAUUGUGGCCUGUGUACAUUCUGUAUUCAAAAGCUUUGCAAGUCAUUCCUAGUCUUACCAAGUUGCAUGGGUAAAUAAAAGUCAGCCUGAGAGAGUUAAAUUAACUAUAGGAAGGGCCCAUACUUACUGCAGUCAAUAUUCUAGUUGCAGUUCUUUAUGAAAAGUUUUAAGAGCAAAAAGAAAAAGGAAGAAAUCAACUGUUGACUAUUUUUAUACAGUAUAUAUUUUACAAGUCUGUACUAAUACAUUCUCAUAUUACAAAGGCAAUUAAGAGGAAGAAUCUUCCUUUUCAUAUUUGAAUCAUCCAAACACAAACAGAACUAUACAUUUUAAAAAACUUCCAUUUGGAUAACAACAAAAAGAAGACAAGUAAAAUGAAAUAUUUUCCUUUUAUACAGGUGGACAUUGAAGUGGACCUAAUUCGCUUUUCUUUUUAAAAGCUUCCGAGGACAAAAAGCAGCUUAAAAUCUAACUAAGAUGAAUAAAAAUGUUGCUUACUAAA